AUCUCUCACCCGCCACACCGCCUUUUCUGGAUGUGGUCUGAUUCGAAUAAGUGUAGAGUGUGGGGUGUGGAUCAGCUCGAGUGUGUGUUCGAGAGAGAGAGAGAGAUGGGGAGGAUAUUUACGGUGGAUCUGGAAGGUAGGACAUACAGGUGCAAGUUUUGCAAAACCCACUUAGCCCUUGCUGAUGAUGUUGUUUCCCGGGCGUUUCAUAGCCGCAGGGGGAAAGCAUACCUCUUCAGUAAAGCGUUGAACAUCACCAUUGGACCACUAGAGGAGAGGAUGAUGCUUUCUGGGAUGCAUACCAUAGCAGACAUAUUUUGCGUCUGUUGUGGACAAAUCGUUGGCUGGAAAUAUGAAGCUGCACACGAAAAAAGCCAGAAGUAUAAAGAAGGGAAGUUUGUUCUUGAAAGAGGGAGAAUUAUUGAUGGAGUCAACUCAGAAUUUUACAUUGACACCCAUCCGAAUAUGAGUGAUGCUGAAGAUGCGUAGACUUUAAUUUGUAUCAAAUGGAUGUAAUAAAUACUGAAGAUGCGUAUACUUUAAUUUCUUUCAAAUAAAUGUAAUAACUGCUGCGAGACUGAGCUGUGGAAAUAGAAAAGAAGUUCUUUGUUACCUCUGGAUUUUGGCAGAUGAUGGUUAACUGCAUCAUGAGCU